AUGUUAAGAGGCCAUAGAUGUCUCUACAUGUAUUUAUUUUUUAUAUUUCUUCCUUUUUCUUUUUGCUAUAUAAGAAAUAAUGAUAAUCGUUCUAUGUAUAUUGUGAAAUCGAUACGAAAGAAUCCUAAUAUAAAGUUAAGAUUGACAAAAGAUGAAAAGCCAUAUAUAGAUAAUCAUAUAAUAGAUUAUUUUAAAAAUGUAAGAGAACAUUUUCCUUUUUUUAAGGAAAAUAAUUCGUUGAUAUAUUUUGACAGCGCAGCUACAACUCACAAACCAAGUUGUGUGAUAGAGAAAAUGAGUGAGUUUUAUAAGAAGGAGAACUCUAAUAUUCAUCGAGGGAUUUACAAGCUAAGUCAGAAUGCCACAAAUAAUUAUGAAAAUGUAAGAGAGACCAUAAGAGAGUAUAUAAAUUGUGAGAAAAAUGAUAAUAUAAUUUUUACGAAUGGAAGUACAUAUGGUUUAAAUAUUGUAUGUAAAAUGAUAAUGGAUGAAAUAAUUAAAAGAGAAGAAGAUGAAAUAUAUUUAUCAUAUUUAGAACAUCAUUCAAAUAUAGUUCCAUGGCAAGAAUAUAUAAAUAAAGAAAAGAAAGGUAGAAUAAAAUAUAUUUCUUUAAAUAAAAGUGGUUAUAUAAAUAUAAAAAAAUUAAUUAGUAAUAUUAAUGAAAAUACAAAAGUAAUAUCAAUAUGUCAUGCAUCUAAUGUAAUUGGUAAUAUCCAAAAUAUUGAAAAAAUAAUAAAAAAAAUAAAAAAAGUAAAUCCUAAUAUAAUUAUAAUAAUAGAUGCAUCUCAAAGUUUUGCUCAUAUAAAAUAUGAUAUAAAGAAAAUGAAAAAAAAUAAAUCUUGUCCAGAUAUAUUAAUAACAUCUGGUCAUAAAUUCUGUGCAUCAUUAGGUACAGGUUUUAUUUUUAUAAAUAAAGAAAUAUCAUCAAAAUAUAAAUUUAAGCCAUUGUUAUAUGGUAGUAAUAUAAUAACUGAUGUAUGCAAAUAUAAAUCAAAAUUUGUUACAUCUUUAUCAGAAUUAUUAGAAUCAGGAACACAAAAUAUUGCUGGAAUAUUAUCUAUGGGCAUAUCUCUUGAAUUUUUAAAAAAAAUUAAUUGGAACUAUGUAUAUCAAUAUGAAAUGUAUUUAUAUGAUUUGUUAAUAUAUUAUAUGAAAGAAUAUUUCAAAAAUCAUUUUAUUCAAUUACCUAAUCUAAACUUAUCUAACAAUAAAGAAAAUCUUAAUUACAAAUCGAAUAUGCAAAAACAGGAUCAAAUAAACAUAUAUAAUAACAAUCAACCCAAUUAUAUAAAUGAUCAUAAUAUAAAACAGUCUAAACAAACAGAAUAUCUUCAUUCAGAAGAAGAUAUGUUAAAAAUAUAUAUACAUGACACAAGAAAAUAUCGUCUUAAAAAAAUUGGUAUAUUACCAUUAUGGUCAAAUAAAUUCUCUUCUUUUGAUUUGAUUACUUUUUUAGAUUUUAAAAAUAUAUGUAUAAGAGCAGGUCAUCAUUGUGCUUCCUUACUACAUAAAUAUUAUUUAAAAGUUUCAGAUACAUCAAGAAUAUCUAUAUAUUUUUAUAACACACCAGAGGAAAUCAAAUAUUUGGCACAACAUAUUGCCUCAACAUCAUUCAUGUUAAAUAAAAUUAAAAAUAAAUAA